AUGCUCUGUGCCGCGUGCCACCGCGUGGAUGCACCGGACCUCACGGCCUCGGGCGUCGACACGUGCCCGCUCCGUGACAGGCCCACCUUCGAGGACAACACACGCCCAUUGCUCGACCUUCUCCGCACGCUCUCCGCAGGGGAGAGGGCGGUCUUGGUCGGCCAUAGCUUCGACCCCAUGAAUGUCACGCUCGCCACAAAGGCAUUACCGGAGAAGGUCGUGGAUGCAGUCUUCGUCACCGCGUUCAUGCCGGAUCGGACCAACCCAUACUCACACAUCAUCGAACAUGUACAUCGGUUCUCGACUACAUGUGGGUUAUCGAGCUAG